UGCUCUGCUCACUUUGUACCGAGGGGGAGGAACUUUGACCAGUGCUAGUUAGCAGCCAGCUAGCGGUUUUCUGCAUUAUUUUCUUGUUUUUUUUGUGUGUUUUUGCAUAUGCAGAGAGAUGUGGUUUAUUUAUUUACUGAGCUGGCUGUCGUUGGUGAUUCAAAUAUCCUUCGUCACUCUGGCAAUAGCUGCUGGCCUCUACUACUUGGCCGAACUAAUAGAAGAAUACACAGUAGCCACCAGUCGAAUUAUAAAGUACAUGAUACUGUUCUCGACAGGUGUGCUGGCAGGUCUCUAUGUUUUUGAGGGUUUCCCAGUGUUGAUGGUGGGAGUUGGUCUCUUCACGAACCUGGUAUAUUUUGGCCUCCUGCAGACCUUCCCCUACAUACUGCUAAGCUCCCCAAACUUCAUCCUCUCCUGUGUGUUGGUGGUUGUGAACCACUACAUGGCCUUUCAGUACUUUGCACAAGAGUAUUAUCCAUUCUCAGAGGUGCUGGCGUACUUCACCAUCUGCCUAUGGGUGAUUCCCUUCGCCUUCUUUGUGUCACUGUCAGCGGGAGAAAAUGUGCUUCCAUCCACCAUGCAGCAAGGGGAUGAUGUCGUGUCUAAUUACUUCACCAAGGGCAAAAGGGGAAAGAGGUCUGGGAUCCUCCUUGUGUUCUCUUUCCUCAAGGAGGCAGUGCUGCCCAGCCGACAGAAAAUGUACUGAGGAGCUCGGACUCGGGGUGCAGCCUCAAGGGUUCAGGGGUUGAUGAGUAUGUAUGUGUUGGAGAUCAAGGGGAAGCAGGAAGGACAGUGGAAAUUGUUUCUGGAUGGGACUAAAACGAAGCAGUGGUCGACACGGGGAGGAAAAGCACACGAAAAUGGAUGGACCAAUAAACAGAUCAGAGCUUCCUGCUGGACGAGCCAACAAGUUUACAUAGGACAUGUUCGUCUGUCUUUGUCUUUCUGUCUGUCUGUCUGUACUGACUGCCAACAACACCUACUGGAGACCUCGUUUUUGGGAUCUUGUCUGUAGCGCAAUGCUUUCUUAUCGUCAUGUUAGACUUCAUUUUUUAAGCUUUAGUAUUAAAAUAUGUAUGUGCAGGGUUUGAAAUUAACAACCACCAAAUACCUGUAAGUUUCGACUUGGGCAGAUAAAUCACUAUCCGUUAACAUCUAUGUCAUUUGUGUGUUGUAGGUCUCACUUGUCAUCUGAUUCAGUACACAACGUAGCACUAAAGACAAAAUACAACCAGACAAAACUUUUUCUCCUCUGAUGAGAAGGAUGGGUUAGAGGUGACUGAGACAUCUUAAAGGUACUUUAUGGCGAACUCCUGCUGUCCACGCUUGGGCUGUGAUGUGAAGUGAUCCUGGACACAAUAGUGGAUAAGAUAGAAAGUGCUUCAGUGGGAAAAAUGCCACAGGUCACUACAAAAGCACCUAAUAGGAUAACUUCAAUUGAGAAAGGGUAAUCUGAAAAGGUGUAACCAAUCUGGAAAGAUGUCCUAUUCUCUACAAUGCGUGACAUGGUUCUAAUGCUGUGUGGCCUCCUGCAUCACAUCACUGAAAAAGUGGUAAAUAAAGACACUUAUGAAGGCUUA